AUGUUUUCACGUAUUGCUGCUCCUUUAACUCGCCGUGGUUCAUUAUUUCUUCGGACCUCGCGCCUGAUUUUUCCUUCGAAUUCCUCUCGUCGUCUAUUUGAAUUACCUCGGCAUGGUGUAAUUCGUCCAUGGUACCGUCGGUUUUGGCCAUUAACUAUAGCAUUUACUGUGAUUUCAGCUGGCGUACCUAUCGGUUAUAUUAUUUAUAGAGAUAGUCUUUUAGGACAAUUAUGGUUUAACAAAGCACAUGGUUCAGAAGAAAAUUUCGAUGAAAAUUCGGAAUCUGUUGCUCAGUCCGAACUUGAUACACUUCUUUCACAAACGCAACAAUUACUCGAUGCUGAACUAUAUUUAAAUCGUUCAUCGGCUUUUAUUGUACCUAUACGUUUAUUUUUUCGAACAAUUAAACUUGUGUUUGUUUUUACUCCUCUGAUUCUUUUUUAUGUGUUUCAAGACAAGUUUGCUCCGCAAUACUAUGAAAAAUGGUGUUUUGCACUGAAACGAUCAUUCGAAUAUUGUGGUCCAUGCUUUAUAAAACUUGGCCAGUGGAUGGCUACUAGACCCGAUCUAUUUUCUACGCAAUUUUGUUCAAUAUUUAAUGAUCUUCAUUCGAAUGCACCAAUUCAUACAGAAUCUGAAACAAGAAAAUUAUUACGUAAAAAUAAUAUUGACAUAGAAUCGUCGCCAUCUAAUUUUCUUUCAAAACCGAUAGCAAGUGGUGCUAUAGCACAAGUUUACAGAUGUCAAAUUAAAAAUCUUGAUUUAAUAAUGAAAGUUCGUCAUCCGGGCGUUCAAAAUAAAAUUUAUUAUGAUUUAAAAAUAUUAAAUAUUCUCACACGUUUAUUAACAAAGUUUGUAUCGAAACAAGCAUUCAAAUGGCUUAAUAUUGAAGAUAAUAUUAAGUCAUUUACUAAAAAUAUGUUAUUACAAACAAAUUUAAUGGUUGAAACCAAAAAUUUACGAAUAUUUGAAAGAAAUUUUGAAAAAUAUAAAUCAAAUAUAUGUUUUCCACAUGUUGAUCCAUCAUUACCAUCCACAAAAGAUAUUCUUUUUGAAACGUAUGAAAAUGGUCAACUAUUAAAUGCAUUUAUGGAAACAUGCACAGAUACAAAAGUUCGAAAAAAAUUAGCAUAUCUUGGUGUUAAUGCUUAUUUAAAAAUGCUCUUUGUUGAUAACUUCGUUCAUGCAGAUCUUCAUCCAGGCAAUAUUCUUGUUCGUCUUGAUCAAAAUUCAUCUCAAGAACCAGUUAUUGUGUUCAUCGAUGUUGGUUUAACAUCUUCACUUAAUCGAAGAGAUAAAAAGAAUUUUUAUGAUUUAUUUCGUGCAAUAGUCAACUAUGAUGGCAUGGAAGCAGCAACAUUGUUGAUUGACCGUGCACCAAAUAUGGACGAAAUUGAUGAUCAAUCUAAAAUAGGUUUUCGAAAAGACAUGUCAAUAUUAAUUGAAAAUGUUCUUAAAACUCCUUUGAAACAACUUGAAGUUGGAUUAGUUCUACGUAAUGUAUUAGAUCUAUCGAAAAAAUAUCAUAUUAAAAUGGAAUCGAAUUUUACAACACUUGCUCUUGGAACAAUUAUUAUUGAAGGCAUUGGUCGACAACUUGAUCCUGAUUUUGAUUUCGUUAAUGCUGCUAAACCUUAUUUACAGAAAGAUUUUCGACUAGUAAAAAGUUAUUUAAAAAGAGUUUUUCAACAAAAUAUUGCUAAUACAUCGUGGUGGUCACGAUUAUUUCAAAACAAUAUUGAAAAUUCAGUUUGA